UUGAUUAUACAUUGGGAGAUUUUGGUUAUACACUGGGAGAUUUUAGGGCUUCUUUUGUGUGUGUAUUAAAGAGAGUAGCUAUUUUUGCAGGCAACAAGAAUAUCUGAAGAUGGAUAAACUCAGCAAGCUUCCUUCGGGCAUAAUAGAGAGCACCUUAUGUCUGCUACCGAUUCAAGAGGCAGCAAGGACAAGCAUCCUCUCUAAGGAAUGGAGGUACCAUUGGACCAAAAUCCCUAAACUUGUGUUUAUUGAGGAGGAUGCAUUUGAAGUAUCGACUGAUGGGGCUGAGUUGUCCGUUUUAGAGCAGACGUUUGACAGACCAAGUGAGAGGAAAAUGAUGACCAACAGGUGUAAACUUUUCUAUGCUAUAUACCAAGUUCUAUUAGUGCACGAGGGCCCAAUCAAUGAGUUCACCCUUUGCAUGCCUGUAGAUGGCUCAUGUGUUGAGAUUGACCAUAUAAUACGCCAUUUGUCAAAGAAAAAAACUGUCAAGAUAUUAAAACUCGACUUUAAUGGGAGCUAUAGGCUACCCUUAUCACUCUUCUCGUUCCAUCAGUUAACAGAAUUGUAUCUCAAUGGUUGUGUUCUUGACCAUCAACCAUCGUCUAUUGGAUUUGGUAGCCUUACAACCUUAAACAUGCAAGAAAUAUGGACAUGUGAUAAAACGCUUUUGCGUCUUUUAUCGAGCUGUCCAUUACUUAAGAGGUUGACUAUCAAUAGUGAUGGUGGAACUAUUGAUGAAAGUGGAGAUUUGACCAUGGCCGAUCUCUUCGAGUGUUUACGGGGCAUUUAAUAUCUGACUGUUUGGUGUUUCAUCUUUUUGUCUUUUCUUCCAUUUCCGAGAAAGCUUCCAACAACAUUGGUCCACUUGAAAUACUUGUGUAUGGAAUGCGUAUGCUUUUGUCACAUAUAUGCGUUACCUAUUUUUGUUUUUUUGAUUAGAAGCUCCCCAAACCUCGAAAAACUUAAGCUAGUGGUAAAUAGCAAAAAUCUAUGUUGUAUUCAUUCUACUUGUUUUUAUUUUUAUGUCAAAAACAACUCACA